AUUCAGAGAACCUUCUCAAAAAGCCACAAAAAGCAAAAUUGUCGAAUUCAGAGAAUAAGGCUUCUACACAGAAGGUUAAUAAGUCAGAUAUCAAAGAAGAAAAGCUAAGAACAGGGUCUGAGAAAUCAGUAGACAAAAGAAGGAAGGACACAGCUAAAGAAAACAUAAUCACA